UCGACUUGAGAUGGAGCCACGUCAAAGGUUCCGCACUACAUCUGCAGGUGAGAAUCGCGAAUUGUUUUAACGAGACUCGAGACUCGACCAAUGUUGCGGAGGUUCUCGAAUCUCGAGCUCGUUAGACACGUAGAUGUUCGGAAUAGGUGGACCCGCGCAAUUAUUUACUGGCGUUACUGACGUGUAAGAGAAAAUCGUCGCAUCGGAAUACAUCGUGCGUAUCGUGCGAAGCUAAUUAAGCCUUCAGAACAACACAAAAUAUGGACAGCACAAGUGCAACGAGCGACUCAACACCACAGGUGGAAAAGGGAUGGCCAGCUUUGAAACAGCAUAUUAUAGAAAAUAAGAUUAAGUUCGGAUUGUGGGUUACUAGACUCUUUACCUUAAUAUUCACCGUUGGUUAUAUUAUUCCUAUAUUUGGGAAUCCUUACAAUAUAUACUAUAAAGUAUUGAUGAAUAAUGCAGCUACCAGUGCAUUACGUCUUCACCAAAGAGUGCCCCGUGUUCAGCUCACUAGGCAAUUUUUAGAGACAUUAUUAUUGGAAGAUUCAUGCCACUACUUGUUUUACUCCUUGAUAUUUUUGUAUGCGGCACCAGUUACACUGGUGCUGACGCCAGUUUUUCUUUUUGCUGUGAUGCAUAUGGCCAGUUAUUCUCUUACUUUGCUAGAUUGUCUAGGACAGAAUAGCUGGUGGGGUGCUCGCCUUUUAAUAUCUCUGGUGGAAUUUCAAUCACGAAAUAUCCUUCGCCUAUGCGCUUUGUCGGAAAUUAUCAUCUUGCCAUUUACAGUCCUCCUAGUAUUUACGGGACGUGCUGGUCUGUUGACACCUUUCAUCUAUUAUCAGUUCCUGAAACUGCGACUUGCAUCGCAAAGAAAUCCGUUCACGCGUAAUGUAUUUUAUGAGCUUAGAAACGGAUUGAGUUCGGUAUCGAAAAAACCGGCGGUACCAGAUAUAGUUCGAAGAAUGAUCGAUGGUUUGCUGUCUCUGACUCAACAAAUGGCACCAGUGCGCCAAUAAUAUUUAGAAUAUUAAGGUAUAAAUUUUUUUCUUAUUGUCUCAAGACAGAUCUCCUAGGGUUCUAGGGUCCACUCAAGCAACACUUUGAUGAAUUAGUGUUAGCACAAAAUGGGUGCCGACAUCAAAAUCCAUAGUGAAUGUAUAUUGCAUAAUAAUUUGAAU